UGCACAGUCGCUGGUGAAUGAGAAGGUGCAAGAUUGCAACAGUUUGCAUUCUCCGAAGUGGUGAACCUAACUAUAAAAGCAGACAAUAUCUACCUACCUACUUUGUCUGCGUAGUAUAGUCCAAUAUAUAAACAAAAAAGUUGCCGAAAAAAUGUCAUCACGCUUUUAUCAAUUCGGAGUGACUGCAUUAAGUGCUUGUAUUGGUUCACUUGCGGCCAGUUGGGUUUGUGCAGAUAAUAAGAGCUCUCCAUAUGUGGUUCAAAAUGAUAUUGUACGGCCUCCAAAGAGAAAGCGUACUCUCCCUCCACGUUCCGACCAAAUGAAAAGCCUUCAAAGCGGUGAAGAAUAUGAUGUGUUAAUAAUUGGUGGAGGUGCAACUGGUGCUGGCUGUGCACUGGAUGCUGUUACCAGAGGAUUGAAAACCGCUCUUGUUGAAUCGGACGACUUUGCCAGCGGAACUUCAUCCCGGUCCACAAAACUCAUUCAUGGAGGAGUUCGGUACUUGCAAAAGGCUAUUCUUGGGAUGGUGGCAAGUGCCAUAUUAUUGGGUUGGUAUCAAGUGCUACGAUCUCGUUGCUGGAGAUAGAAACGUUAAAAGUUCGUACUAUCUCUCAAAGAAAGAUGCCUUGGAACUUUUUCCCAUGUUAAAAAAAGAUAAACUUUGCGGAGCCAUUGUGUAUUACGACGGCCAGCAAGACGAUGCGAGAAUGUGUUUAGCGGUGGCUCUUACUGCCGCUAGACAUGGGGCGACUGUUUGCAAUCAUGUUGAAGUUAAAGAAUUGUUAAAGAAGGACGAAAAUGGGAAAAAAGUUUUGUGUGGAGCAAAAGUCAAGGAUCAUAUAUCUGGAAGAGAAUUUACAGUAAAAGCUAAGUGUAUUAUUAACGCAACUGGGCCAUUUACAGAUUUUAUACGCAAAAUGGACAAUCCCAACGUAAAGACUAUCUGCUGCCCGAGUUCGGGUGUACAUAUCGUUCUUCCUGGUUAUUACAGUCCUGAUCAAAUGGGCCUUUUAGAUCCUUCCACUUCGGAUGGCCGCGUCAUUUUCUUCUUACCAUGGCAGAGGCAAACCAUCGCUGGUACUACUGAUUUGCCGUGUGACAUUACUCACAAUCCAAGCCCGACUGAGGACGAAAUUCAGUUUAUUUUGAAUGAGAUCAAAAAUUACUUGAAUACGGAUGUUGAAGUUCGUCGCGGAGACGUUUUGUCAGCUUGGAGUGGUAUAAGACCCCUUGUAUCGGACCCAAAUAAAGAAGAUACGCAAUCACUGGCUAGAAAUCAUAUUGUGCAUGUGAGUCCGUCGAAUUUGGUCACAAUUGCCGGAGGCAAGUGGACCACGUAUAGAGCUAUGGCAGAGCACACGAUUGACGCUGCAAUCAAAGCCUGCAACCUAAAGCCAGAACGAACAGAAGCGGUAACAUCUUAUUUGAAAAUUGAAGGCGGUCAGGGGUGGACACCAACAAUGUACAUUCGAUUAGUACAAGAUUUUGGUCUAGAAUGUGAGGUUGCGCAACAUUUGGCAAAAUCUUAUGGUGACAGAGCAUUUGCCGUUUCCAAAAUGGCAUCACUAACAGGCAAGCGAUGGCCGAUCAUCGGAAACCGUAUCCAUCCCGAAUUUCCAUACAUUGAUGCUGAAAUACGCUACGGUGUUCGUGAGUAUGCCUGCACGGCUGUGGAUAUGAUUGCUCGGCGACUACGUUUGGCAUUUUUAAAUGUGCAAGCCGCUUCAGAAGCUCUGCCUGUCAUUGUGGAUUUGAUGGGUGAAGAACUGCAUUGGUCCAAAGACGAGAAAGAGAAACAAAUAAAACAAGCCAACGAAUUCCUAGCUCAUGAAAUGGGUCAAAUGGUAAAUAGGACAUCAAAGGAAAGAAUACCAAUAAAACUAUCGAAAGACGAAAUACAAACCUAUGUCAAACGAUUUCAACUUAUUGAUAAGGAUAAAAAGGGCUAUGUAUCAAUCAACGAUAUUCGCCGGGCUCUCAAGAGUUUCGGAGAUGCCGAUGUUUCUGGAGAACAACUUCACGAGAUACUUAAAGAAAUCGAUACUAAUAUGAAUGGACAAGUCGAACUUGAUGAAUAUUUACAGAUGAUGUCGGCCAUAAAAAACUGGAGACGUCGCAUAUUCGCGUUUUGCUAGAAUGGCGGAAUUAGAAGAACAAAAACACGAAGCUGCUCAACUCAAACAAAAAAUCAGUGUCGAUCGCUCCGGAGGAGGAUUAUAAAGCACACACAUAUAAUUUGGUUGCACUUUUAUGAAAAAUUAAGAGAUCUAUUUAUUAUUUAAUUGUUAAUCAAGAGAAAUGUUUACUUUUAAAUAUACUUACAUAUGUUUGUAUACAUAUAUAU